AAUUUCACGAGUUUCUAUUGGGCAAAGUUGACGAAUCGCAUCAGGACGCCAAAAUCAAGUAAAAAGACAGAGUUAUUGCAAAGCUCAAGAUGUUUGUAUGAGGGACACAUUUAUCUGAGUUUUAUUGUGAAAAGUAAUGAUAGCUAUCAGGCAUGUAUCUAAGGAUUUCGAAAAUUGAUAAUCUGCAUAACAUUAGGAGUAAAUAAGAAUUGCUUUUUAUGCCAUGUGUAUAGAGUAACCGGCGUAUAGCGGAUCACUUAAUAUUUACUUAAUCUUAUGUUUAUCAUUUCUUGCCAUAUAAUAAUGCCGCUACAUUAACAAUGGAUGGUGAAAGUGUUUAUUUCUAAAUGUUUUUGUUGUUUUGUUUUCGAGUUUUUUUUAUGUGCAAAUAAAAUAUAUCGUUUGGUGAUAUAAAUAAGAUAAUAGACAUUUAUUAUAAACAAAAUGGGCGGUAAACAAACAAAAUCAGAGGCAAAACUAGAUAAGAAAUCAAUGUCUAAAAUACAAUCCCUUAUAAAGGGCGAACUUUCUGAGGACGAAAUUCAAUGUUGCUACAAAACAUACCAAGAGAGCCGGCGGUCAAACAAAGAACUGACCAAAGAAGAGUUCAUGAAAGUUUACAGUGGACUUUUUCAAUGUGAGACCACAGACUUUGCUGAACACGUGUUUCGGACUUUUGACCUAAACAAUGACGGAACUGUAAAUUUUCAGGAGUUUUUGCUCGGACUGUGUUUUUCCGGGAGUAAAGAUGCAGAAACGAAAAUUACGUGGGCGUUUAAAGUGUAUGACAUCGAUGGGGACGGGUCAAUAUCAUGGUCUGAAAUGAGAAAUAUUAUACAGUCUGUAUGUAAUAUGGCGAGCGAGAACGUUAUCGAUGAAAUUGAUAAAGAACUAGCAAAACAAGUCCCGUCCAAAACCAACAUGCUCAACGGUCUUGCUGAGGAAAGUAAUGCUUAUGAAAAACGUGACAGAGUUGGCGAGAUAGCCGAUAGAAUCUUCCUUGAGAUGGACUCCGAUAAAGAUGGGUAUAUCACGCUUGAAGAAUUCAGAGACGGUGCCAUGAAAAUGCCAAUGGUGAUCAGUCUCUUAGAUAACUGUUUUGAUUAAGUGAUCUGUGCUGUUAGGUUACACAUGAAUUACGUGAUUAUGAAACCUUUGAUUUUUUUUGGCUCAAAAUUUAUUGUUGCUAUUUUAUGUGCGGCAUUCUGAUAAUAUCACCAUUUAACAAAAUAGGUUAAUUUCUAAAUCACAACAUGGUUUGGACUAGAUAUUAUCUGAGGGGAAAAAGACCAGUCACUAAACAAGAAAGACAUUAAAUUAGUCGCCUGACUUAAAAUGCAACGAACAUGAUAGAAGUAGAAGACUUGAUUAAUUUGUUAAGUUAGUAAAUUUACAUUAAUCUUGUGCAGUUUUGACAAAAAGAAAGGUGUUACAAGAAGCUGUAUCUAAAGCGUCAAAACCUUCAUUAAAUGUUCAUAGAUUCAUUAUAUUUUAUAUUUAUAUUUGAUUUUUCUGAAAGCAUAAACAGAGAAAUACAUACAUUUAUAUAACGACAGUGAAUUCAAGUGAAUAGGAAUGGAUUUUGAAGACAAACAAUUCUUAAGCGGAAAUAUGAAUAAAAAGUAAGGGGGUGAAAGAUAAAUUACCUUCAGGAUGGACUAGUUAUUGCCUUUUGCUUUGAUAAUGUCUUGAGGAUGUAACUUUGUGUUAGAAAAACUAUUAUGUGGGCAUUGUGAUAAGUAAACUGUACAUUUUUAUGUGAAGUAUUUAUUACUCAAUGAAUGCAAUAAUGUGAACAUAUGUAAGCCUAUGUUCUCACAUCAAGAUGGAAGUUGGAGUUAUUUAACGACCAUGUUGCAUCUUCACUGUGCAGCAUGAACAAGUUUAGAAUAUGUUUCAAUAUUGAGAGAUUGAAUGUGAAUAGAUCUUUUUUGUUAUUGUCCUUGGUGAUAACGGAAUCAAUGUGUCGUUUAAAAUGUAUUUUUUCUACUACAAGAGAGAUGAAUUUCAAUUGAUUUUACCUUGUAAUAUCAUUAUCACUCUGUAACGUUGACAAACCAGCUCUGUUUAAUGUAUCAGGACAACAUGAUAAUCUAAUUGGCAAUACUGAAUAGCGGUUGACAUAUUUCGACAAUAAUUAUAUUUAGAGAAAGCAGCUCCUUUUGAGUAAAGUGCGAUACAUUAUCGUAACUGAUGGAUGUUAACGUAAAGAAGCAAAGAUUGAUUAAGAAAUUUUCAAUAUAAUUUGGUUUUGGCUAACGUUAUAUUUUGCUAUUCUGUUUGUUUUUGAUAAAAGUAUUCAGAAUAUGCAAUAACAGCGAAAAUUUUGUAUUUGCAUAUGUAUAUAUAUUUAUAUGCCACAUUCUUUUUAUGUACUGAACUUUCGGAGGUUAACAGCCGGGAUAGAUCUGACAAUUAUUUACAGAACAAAUAAUAUAACACAGAGAGCCAGGUGA